GGAGAGCAUCAACCUACCCGGUCGCCUCCGUUUCUCUCGGCUACACCACUUUGUUCUCUAUGGCGGGUGUUAACUGCAAGUCCAUCGAACGGCUUGGCCAUCAUCGGGUGGUGCCGGCCGAGCCGACGCCGGGUGGAUCUCUCCGUCUGUCGUGGCUCGACCGGUAUCCUACCCAGAUGGCACUGAUCGAGUCGCUCCACGUGUUUCGGGCGGUCAGCGGGAAGGGGGUCGGCGACGGCGGUGAUGACGGUGGUGUCGACGUGGCGGUUGGACCGGCCCGCUCGAUCGAGCGGGCCUUGGCGAGGGCCUUGGUGCAUUACUACCCACUUGCGGGGAGGUUGGGCUUCGCCGACUCCGGCGAGGUGCGGGUGGAGUGCGGCAACGCCGGCGUGUGGUUCACGGAGGCGGAGGCGGGCUUCAGCCUCGAGGACGUGGAUUACUUGGAGUAUCCGAUGAUGGUGUCGAAGGACGAGCUGCUGCCGCCGACGCCGGCGGGGGAGGACGAGCGCGAGCUCGUGCUGCUCGUCCAGGUCACCACCUUCGCGUGCGGCGGGUUCGUCGUGGGGUUCCGGUUCAGCCACGCGGUGGCGGACGGCCCCGGCGCGGCGCAGUUCAUGGCCGCCGUCGGCGAGUUCGCGCGCGGCGCCGAGAGCCUCGCCGUCGAGCCGGUGUGGGGGCGCGAGGCGAUCCCGGACCCGGCCACGGCCGUCAUCGGCAGCCUCCCCGACCCCGCCGGCGCCAGGCGGCUCGAGUACCUCGCCGUCGACAUCUCCGCCGACUACAUCGACCACUUCAAGAACCAGUACAACGCCGCGCACGUCGGCGGCGCCCGGUGCUCGGCGUUCGAGGUGCUGAUCGCCAAGGCGUGGCAGAGCCGCACCCGCGCGGCCGGCUUCGAGCCGGACUCCACCGUCCACCUCUGCUUCGCCAUGAACGCCCGCCCGCUCCUCCACGCCUCCCUCCCGCGCGGCGGCGCCGGGUUCUACGGCAACUGCUACUACAUCAUGCGCGUCUCCGCCCCCGCCGGGAAGGUCUCCGGCUCGUCGGUGAACGACGUCGUCAGGAUCAUCAAGGACGGGAAGCGCCGCAUGCCGUCGGAGUUCGCGCGGUGGGCGGCCGGCGAGACCGUCGCCGGCGACCCGUACCAGAUCACCGCCGACUACCGCACGCUGCUCGUGUCCGACUGGACGCGCCUCGGCUUCGCUGAGGUGGACUACGGGUGGGGCCCGCCAGCCCACGUGGUGCCACUCACCAACCUGGACUACAUCGCCACGUGUAUCCUCGUCCGGCCCUGGGCCCACAAGCCCGGGGCCCGCCUCAUCACCCAGUGCGUCACCCCCGACCGCGUCGCCGCCUUCCACCACGGCCUCCUCGACAUGAACUGACCCCCUCCUCGCCUCGCCGGAGAAGAGGAUUAAUUUACGGUGGCGUGAAUGCGUGAUUAGAUGAGCGGUCGUUGCGCGAGUAGUGCGGGCUGGUUAACUGUAUUGGAUUUGAUUAAUUGGAGUGAUACGGAUGCUCUGCUCGUGGGUGGAGUGUGAUGUAAUGUGAGCCUGAAAAUAAGCAGCCCAGCUCCUGAAAAUCGGGGGAGUUUUGGUUCAUCAA